AUGCGACACUUUGCUUCCGCCACGACUCCGACCACACAUCACAAAAAGCCCGAGGCUAUUCCUCCAGAGCUAGCAAGCCCGCCUUCAUUACGGCCAUGGCAGGGCUCAGAGAUCAAGGCCGGAUCAGUUACACCGACAUCGACAGCCCCUUCAUCACGAUUCUACGUCCCUUCGGUUGUGCUGCCGGCCGAAAAAGCCAAAGCUGGGCCGGUCCAUAAGAUCCAUAUUUUGGGCGAUGAUGAGCGGUCAAGAUUCAUCGCCCAUGCUCUCUGCAGUGUCUACGAUUCCGUCGAAAUGCUGUCCUUCCGAGACAUGCCCAAAUCACGAUACCGAAAUGUCGAAAAGGUCCAACCGGACAGGACGAGAAGCAGCGCAUACGCCGAAAAGAAUACGGCUUUGGCUGAGGAGCCAGACACACCCAGCACCUCGCAUAUUGAUCAGUUACUGGUGACAGGUCGAGGAUUUGAGGCUGUGAAAGCAAUUGCCUCCGUCAAGGACCGAGUGGACGAGAACACAACCAUCUGCCUCAUGAACGACGGCAUGGGCGUGCUCGAGGAGGUCCGUGAAAAGAUAUUCAACGGAACAUACUCCGGGCCCACCUUCAUGCUGGGCCACAUGAGCCAUGCCCUGGUCUUCAACCGGAACCGUGGCUCUGUCAAGGAGCUCAAGGCUGGACGAACAGUCCUCACAAUGGCCGACACAGCUUUGCGGUCUCUCAAGGGCCUGCGCGCGUCACCCGAUCGAACCCUCUUGCGGUCAUUACAGCUAGCUCCUACACUUAAGGCAUCCACAAGUCCCUACGACCGAUGGCUAAAGUUCAAGCUCCCGUCGAUGAUGUUUACGGCUGCCGUUGAGCCGGUAUGCGUGCUCCUGGAUUUACCGUACAAUGGCUUGUUGCACAACCGGUCAGCACAGAGCAUGAUGAACAAGCUUUUGGAUGAGAUGGCCACGGUAGUGGAAAACCUUCCUGAGGUUCAAGGCUCCACUGAACUGCUCAACUUUCUCCAAGGAGAAGGUCUCAAGAGGUUUUGCUAUCGCAGAAUCACAGGAAAGGCCAUGGCCCCCAGCGAGCUCGUAAAGCGGAUCGAGAAGGGCUUGCAGACAGACAUGAACUACCAGAACGGCUACUUUUUGAAGCGGGCAAAGACAUUGGGCCUUGAGAUGCCAACCAAUAGGCUGAUGGUGCAGAUGGUCAAGGCCAGGCGGGCAGAGGCGAUGGAGAAGAGGAAUGCGUAUAUCCCGGUGCAGGAGGCAUCGAUAGACAGCAUCAGACAGAGGGCGCGAUCUCUACCAGGGGGUGGGAGUCUUUGGGAGUAA